UGGAAAAACCCUAAAACAGGCGAACAGGCGCCCAUUUUAAUACAGCAUAUCGUUUAAUUGGUCUCCUCUCUGUUAUUUUGUCGAUCAAAGUUUCGAGAAAAUCUUAAAUGCAUCAUGUCGGUGUGAUGCGAAGGAGUGCAUACCCUGACGGCAUUAGAUUACCAUAAAGAACGUAUACCCAUUUCCCUUCUCUUAGGCUGUACCUGUCACUUCCCGCCAUUCUUUCAACGGCGAACGAUGCCGGUCCUAAGAUCCCGCGAAAUCCCCGCAGUCCCACCUAAUCCUCGCAAAACCCGGGCUCACGUCGACCCACCCGCCACUCCCACUCAAGGCCGUGAACAUCCGGCCACUUUCUCAUCUUCUCCUUCACUCUCUCCAUCCCCUAAGAUACCCAGUCGGGCCUCCAGUUCUGCAACAAUACUCAGGCGGAGCCUUCGUCUCGCGUCUAAAGCUUCCUCAAACGGGGACGAGGUUGGCGUUUCAGGGGAGGAGAAACGGAUUGAAAGGCGAGAUGUGGACUUUUUGAAAAAGAGGAAGUUGAGUUUGGUUAGUGAUGGUGGCGUUGAAAGCGUAGAGAGUGAAGGGGUUUUGAGUCUGCGGUCGGGGAAGAGGGUUACAAAGAUGACUUCACUGGCGGACGGCUGCGGCGAUGAGGAGGUUGGAAGUGAGGAGAAAGAGAAAGGGGUAUUAAGGAAAGAGAAUGAGGAUAUUGAGAAACUGGAGAGAAACAGUGAGAAAGAGAAUGCGAAUUGCAGAAGGAGAUUUAGCGAUGAAGAGAAAGGGAAGGGGAAAUUGGUUGUUGAAACGAUUUUGGAAUCUGAAGCUAAGAGUUCAGUUGACGGUUCUGUUUCAGGCAUUAACCUUUCAGCGGAGAAAGUAAGACUGCCAGAUGAAAAGCGUACUAAGAAGAAUAAUAAGAGAGGAUAUGGGGGGAGAACGGAACAUUUUCGAGACGUGGCCAGGCAAAAUGCUUCUCGAUAUGCCCAUUUUGACGCCCAGGAGGAAGAAGAUAACAUUUUCCCUGUCGAGGCUGAAAGGGAAAUUUCCCCUGAAAAAGAACAGCCAGAAGAGAAGGGCGUUGAAGAUUGGCCUGGUCCAUUCUCUACUGCUAUGAAGAUUAUAAGGGAUAGAGCAGAGAAAUUGAAUUUACAACGGGGGAGUUCUUCUUCAGGCAACGUACAAUCCGUGCAAAUUACGUGGGUUCCUCAAAAGGGUAAAGGAAAGGACCGUUCAAAGCGGUUGCCUCCAUCAUUGCUUGAUAUGUGCUUCCGGAUUUUGGUCAAUAAUGCAGAUGCAAUUGCUUCCCUCGAUCAUGUGCCGGAUGGCCUGAGACACAAGCUCUGUCAGAUGCUCUGUGACUCCAGACGAAUGAAUAGUAAUUUUUUGGACCACCUCGUUAGUGGAUCCCCUACUGAAAUUCGCCUGAGGGAUUGUUCAUGGUUAACGGAGGAGCAGUUCACUAGAUGUUUUGAGGGGUGUGACACUACCAACUUGACGGUUCUUCAACUUGAUCAGUGUGGCUGCUGUAUGCCAGAUUAUAUUUUACUUUCUACCUUAGCUCAGUCAUCAAACAGCUUGCCUGCACUUAUUAAUUUGUCGUUGACUGGUGCAUUUCGGCUUUCAGAUGCUGGGCUAAAUGCUCUUGUUUCUUCUGCCCCUGCACUAAGAUCCAUUAAUCUCAGUCAGUCUUCUCUUCUUACUGCCAGUGCUAUUGACACUUUAGCUAACUCCUUGGCAUCAGUCCUACUGGAACUAUAUAUCAAUGAUUGCCAAAGUAUUGAUGCCAAGCUGAUUCUUCCAGCAUUGAAGAAGCUGGAGCAUUUGGAAGUUUUAUCAGUAGCAGGCUUGGAAUCUGUUACUGAUUGUUUCAUCAAGGAAUUCAUUAUUGCACAUGGUCAUGGUGUCAAGGAACUUAUAUUGACGGGUUGUAGGAAAUUAAGUGAUUCUUCCUUGAAAAUCAUUGCAGAAACCUGUCCAAAUUUACAUGCUCUUGACGUUGGUAAUGUAUCCAAAUUGACAGACUCUACUUUGGGAUACCUGGCAAAUGGCUGUCAAUCAGUACAGUUAUUGAAAUUCUGCCGCAAUGCAUUCAGUGAUGAUGCU